AAGCGCUCCGCAGACUCAGCAUAAUCCACUGCAGCCUCACAGCUAAGGGGAGUUUGCUGGUGACUCAGGGGCGGACCAGCAUGUCUGGGAAUGCUCGUUCUUGGAGCUCCUGGAGCGGAAACUUGAUUCCUCGACGGCAGCAGCAAUACCCAGGAUCGUCUUCUUCGACCGCCAGGAGUAGACCAGACUCUGUCCGUGGACCUGGUCUUGGACCUGGUCCAGUGUCCGGACCACCUCCUUCAGGUCUUGGUCCUCGGAUCGGGGGUGGGUUGAACAAUCGUGACCAUGCAAUCGGACCAGGACCACCCGUCGGUUUUCACAACCAUUCAUCAGCAUCUCAAGUGGGUGGCAUCAGUCACCCUUCAUCCCAGAGCCAGAGGAGUGCUAGCAUCAACAAUGACAACUACGUGAAUGGCAGCAUUAACGGCGGCAGCAUUAACGGCAGCAAUAACGGGAGCGGCUAUUCUCAGUCCCAGCUGAUUUAUUCGCAGUCGCAGCAAGCAUCGUUUGACGGACGAGGAGGAGGAGGAGGAGGAACGAACGGUGAGUCUCGAAGCAAAGGGGAUUGUCGAAGUGCAGCUAGUGAUGGAGGGGGGAUCGUCGGCCAUGGCGGCGACGGAGCAAGAGAGCAGCAGAACCUUUCGUCAGCUACGAAACCAUGCUGGAGGAUGGGUGGCAGUCCAACCAGAGGAGGAGUGCGGCAAUCGGGACCGAGCGGAUGGGGCGGAGUCGCGACCAGCCGAGGCUUGGAUCAGCAGCAGCACCAAAGGCUAGCACACCAGGAAACGUCAAUCCGACGGCCGAAGUCGCCGUACUACACUGCCUACACUUCACAGCCGCCAGUUCUUGGCGCUGGACCGGGCGGCGGCGGCGGCGAUGGCGGAAGUAGUGGGGGAGGAGCGGGAGGAAUGUGCGUGGUCAACUCUCAGCAGAGCGAGUUGCCAAGGCCGAGCUCGGCUAUGGCGGCCACAGCUACGGCCAUCCUUCAUCAAAGCAUCGUCUCUAAGGAGUGGGUUCGGACCGCCGAGCAGCUGAGGGUGGAGGAAAGGUUGAACGGUGUUCAGAACGAAUGCAAUGCCAUGAAAUCGAUGAUGAGAUCGAUUGAAGAAGAUGUAGGCAACAUGACAAGAGUUGUUGGAGAAUGGCGGCAAGAGUCUGUCGACGAAGAGAAGAGACGGGAGAAGAAGACAGAGGCGGCUGAUGCGGACAAUCGUCAGACCAUGCAGUCCAUGAUUGAAGGCCAUUGUACCAAGCUGAGAGAUCAGCUGCAAGAAAGCUUAGUUACGUUAUUGCCAAGAUUACUGGACGAUCGGUUCACGAUGAUAAAGAAGGAUCUGAUGGCUGAGAUAGGGUUUCAAAAUGAAAGAAUACUAGAACGAAUUCUACACGCAGGCUUAAGAGGAGGAGGAGGAGGAGGAGGAGGAGGAGGAGGAGGAGGAGGAGAGGAAGGGAGUAUAACACAUCAUAGCGUAGAGAGGAGGAAGAUGAUCAUAAGCGAGCAAGGCUCACUAGAGAGACAGGAAGACUUUGAUCGGGGAGGAGGGGGAGGAGGAGGGGGAGGAGGAGGAGAAGGGAGUAUAACGCACCAUAGCGUAGAGAGGAGGAAGAUGAUCAUAAGCAAGCAAGGCUCACGGGAGAGACAGGGAGACUUGGAUGGAGAAGGGCGUUGUCUGGGAGAAAGAUUAGCAGCCGGAGGAGGAGCAGGGGAGGUAGGUUACAAUCCUGUGGGCGGUGGAGGGAGAAGGCAGUGUCGAAAUCAUCACGUAGACCGCGCUGAGCAGCUGCAGGCGGUUUAUCGGCAAUCUCGAGGUGAUCGCUCCAAUGAUGCUGCUGCAGCUGGUGCUGAUGAUCAUCUUGAUGACUUCGUUGAUGAGGAUGGGGGCUAUGAUUAUCAUGGUCGUGCUGAUGUGGAGGAUGAAGUGGAUGGCCCUAAGGGAAGAAAUCUGGAUACGGAUCGAGUUAGCAAGGGUGCGGCUUCUCGGUCGUGCCGAAGAAAACUUGAUGGUUAUGGUGGUGGCCAUGAUGAUGAUGGAAAGGCAGCGCAGAAAGCUGAUCGUGAUUACCUGUCAUUGCUAGAGCUUUCUCCACCUCACAAGGCGUUGACAGACUCCCACGUGGCCGUCCAUGACAAGAACAAUCGUGGUCGAUCGACCAGAACUGGGAGGGGUUUGGAAAGGAGGGGGUUGGAAAAUGAUGGAGAAAGAGGAGUGGUCAACGCUGCAGCCAUGUCUUCUCUCCCUUCUUCGUCUUCGUCUCCAUGGAUUGGAGCUCGUCACAAUCGAAGCGCUUAUCACCGAAAUCUAAUUGCCAGCCAAGAUGAGGAGGAGGCGUCUUCGCCAUUACCUUCGGGCUCCAGAUCCAUGGCGAAAAGGAAGGAGAAGGAGAUGAUGCGGAUGGAGAUGGUGGCGAGGAACGCUUCGCCAUUGGCUAUGGACUGGAAUUGCACGGAACGCAGCCGCGGCUGCGUCGGCAACAAGCGGAAGGCCUGGAGGGAGAGGUCAACUCAAAGCGUUGACCAGACGUCCAUUUCUGCCGCCGUCAAUGGUCCUAAUAACCAAGGGUGUUGUCCCGAUCGGGAUAGACAUAGAGUGCGACCGUCCCCUUCCCCUCCUCUGCCCGUUCCUCUCUACGAGGCCUCACUGCCCCCACUAUCUGGGAAACGACAAUCAGCCAUGUGUCAUCAUAGUCGUCAGAACAACAGAUCUGCAAUCCGACAGGGUAGAGGUGGUAAUACUACUACUACUACUACCACUGCUACUACUACUACUGCUACUAGUGCUGCUGCUGCUGCUGCUGCUGUGACCUUUGAUGUCAACAGAAAAGACGCUGGAGUGCCGCCGGUCUCCGGCUUCUCCUCCAGGAUGGCAGUCGGGAGUAACGGCGGCGCUGUGGGUUCAGUUUUGUUGACGUCAUCCUCAUUCAGUUUGGCGCGCUCUGCGGUGUCGGAGACGGGCUCCGCCGCUAAGGCCGCCGUUGAAGAUGCUGUGCUGAUGGCGGCAGGGUUGCCAACGGCGACGACUACUUUUGUAAAUGCUGACGUGGAGAAAAGGAAGUGGGCAGGGGUGUCCGCUACUUUUGGAAAGAGGAAGCGUGGAGAAGUAGACGGUCAUUUUCAUUGUGAAACAUGUUGUGGGGAUGGCGGCAGGGUUGCGGAUGAUGAUGAUGAUGAUGGAUUUGAUGACCCUCGUGCAGAUGAUGAUGACCAGCCGAAUGAUGAAGAGUUUGACCGUGGACUCAUACUGUUGACCGGGCCGACUCAGUUUCGCUUGACGACGGCAAGUGCCCUCCAGACUUCGUCCUCCUUACAGAUCGUGACCACCGAUCAGGAUGAUACCGCCAAGCUCAGUGAUGAAGACUCUCCUUCACGGAGGAUUAUGCAGAAAUUGCGCAAAUCUCGACGGAAACGACGACGCGGGUCACGGCAGUCAUGAGUGGAUGUACGCUUCCUUUUUUAUUCAUUUUGGUCGAUUUUGGUUGAUUUUAAUGUUUUUCUUUUUAAUUUUUUAAAAUCUUUUCCUUGUUCGAUUAAGAUCAUAUGUACGUAUACAUUUAUGUAUAUAGGUAUUAUGCGUAUAUUCUCGUGAGAUAUGUAUAUAUAUGGUCAAACAGAGUAUAUAUUAUGUAUACAUAUAUUGGCAUCCUUGCGCAGGACGUCAAACCGAAGAAAUGACGACUUUUUAAGCAAACAAAGGAGGUCGUGGAUUGUAGACCGUAA